AUGUCUCGUACUUCUUCGACUCCCAGCUCUCUUUCUGCACUAGGAUAUCAGCCGUCUUGCUUUCCAUGCGCGCUCGAGUGCACCCUUGCCACACACAGCCCGACUCAUCACCGCGGCAAGACUGGCCGGGAGCUCUCUUCGGGGGACAUUCGCACGACCACAAUAUCCCUCUUGGCACCAUUCUAUGAAGCCCUCAAAGGAUACCGCAGCGUCAAACUCGAUGACAAGUCUUUGGCGCGUACAUCGACUUUUUGCUCGCAGCCUUCGCGCUCUUCUUCACGGCGUCCAUCGGUAGCAUCGGGAUCCUGCGCCUCUGGUAAAGGCGGACCCAAACGUCGACCCUGCGUCAUUGUUGAGGCGGGAGCGGCCACAGCUAAAGUCAUCCUCAUGGGCACAUUCGAAGGAGCCUACAUAGAUGAGCUUCAUCCCAUACUCCAGGAAUAUCUUGCUAUCCUCUUCUCCCAGGACAGCACAUAUGAGGAAGAACGAUUUACGAAGGGCAGACCCGCGCAUAUGCACAGCACUCCCGAAUGGGCCCAGAAGCCCAAGCAUCUCGGACACCUCCAGUACAUCGUACCUCUCAGGCACGAGAUUGACUUGCACGCCGCCACUGAUCGCUGGGAGGUUCUUCGGAGGGGCGAUGGCGGCUCUCCACGCUCAGCAGGCGACGGCGAUACCGAAGGCUACUACAUGGAUGGAGAGAAUAUGUCCGACUUGAUCAGUCACGCCGAAGUUAUGUAUGACCGCUUGAGAGGGCGCUGCCAAAGGAGGUCGUACAGACAUGCACUUCGACAAGCACUCAGGGAAAGGGGGAAGGCCAGGAAUCCGAAUCGCAGCCAAGCGUCGGUUCAAACUCGUCAUUCGCGCGCCCCGUCGGUUGCGCUCGAACCCAUCCCGGAGACACCCACGACACCGUCGUAUGCCAUGCCCGCUGCGUCGACGACGCCCGGAAGGGCAGAGAACUCGUGGAUCACCCCUCGCAAGUUCUCGGUCUCAUCCACCUCCAGCCACACGACGGCUAGCAAGCGCCGCUCCGAGUACGACGAGGGCUGCCCCAGGACGCCGAAGGCCGCGAAGCACGAACUCGAUGCGUCGUCGACGCACUCUAAGAAGUCCAAGUUCUCAAUCCCGUUCAUGAAAUCGUCGAAGGCCAAUACCUCUCAAACUUCUCUACCCUCGCUCGCUUCGCAGAACCAGUUUGCGGUCCUUGCUUGCUAA